GCGUGUGAUUCUAAAGAGGAAGCUCUCAUUGAGUCCUCGGACAUUUUUGAUCACUUAUAUAAUCUUUUUCACCUCGGUGGGGUGAAUGAGAGGCGAAUACGGUGCAUCAAAGGGACAAUAUCGUCACUGCUCCGAUGCUCCUGUAAUAUUGCGUUAGAACAGAUGCGAACGGCUGGCUGAUAGUUCACAGCUCAUUACGAUGGAGGAGACUUUUGCGGAUCUAAAAACAUCUUAGCACAGCAGAUCGGACACGGAAGGGAUCAAACUACAUCAUCCAGACGAUAUUUCAGCAGUGGAGUGGUGCGAGUGGAGCAGACGAGCAAUCUGUUCAUAGGGGGUUUAUGUGGUUUAUUUUGGCGUAUUAAGGAGUAAACAUAGAAGAUGGCAGGCCCCGAUCACCCGCAACAGCAGGUUGAAGAGAAAGCCGAACAGAUAGAUGACGCCGAACUGGCAUUUCAGGGCAUUCACAUGCUGCUCAACAAUGGCUUCAAAGAAAGCGACGAGCUCUUUAAGAAAUACAAGACUCAUAGUCCGCUAAUGAGUUUUGGGGCCAGUUUCGUCAGCUUCUUGAAUGCCAUGAUGACAUUCGAGGAGGAAAAAAUGCAGAUGGCCAGCGAUGACCUAAGGACUACCGAAAGACUUUGUGAGAGUGACAAUGCUGGCGUCAUCGAGACCAUCCGCAAUAAAAUCAAGAAGAGUAUGGACUCCCAGAGAUCAGGGGUGGAGGUUGUGGAUCGCCUGCAGAGACAGAUAAUCGUGGCAGACUGCCAGGUCUAUCUUGCCGUACUGUCCUUCGUCAAACAGGAACUCUCAGCUUACAUCAAAGGAGGCUGGAUCCUCCGCAAGGCCUGGAAAAUGUACAACAAAUGCUACAGCGACAUCAGCCAACUGCAGGAAGCCUGUCACAGAAGGUCCUCUGACCAGGAGGGGGCGCUGGCCUGUGAUCAGGUCAACCAUAACACAUCUUCAACAGAGAGUGGUGGCAGGAUAACAGAAGAGGUUCUGGAUCGUCUCAAAGGUUCGGUCAGCUUCGGUUAUGGGCUUUUUCACCUGUGUAUUUCAAUGGUACCUCCACACCUGCUCAAGAUCGUAAACCUGUUGGGUUUCCCUGGAGAUCGCCACCAAGGUCUUGCCUCAUUAGCCUACGCCAGUGAGAGCAAAGAUAUGAAAGCACCACUUGCCACUUUGGCCCUCUUGUGGUACCACACAGUGGUGCAGCCCUUCUUUGCCCUGGAUGGCUCUGACUCACAAGCUGGACUGCUGGAGGCCAAAGCCAUUCUGCAGAAGAAGGCAUUGGUUUACCCAAACUCCUCUCUCUUCAUCUUCUUCAAGGGACGAGUACAGAGAUUAGAGUGCCAAAUCAACAGUGCACUGGCUUCAUUCCAGGAUGCUCUGGAGUACGCCUCAGACCAAAGAGAGAUUCAACAUGUGUGCCUCUAUGAAAUCGGCUGGUGCAGCAUGAUAGAGAUGAACUUUGAAGAUGCCUACAGGUCUUUUGAACGACUGAAGAAUGAAUCCCGUUGGUCACAGUGUUACUAUGCUUACCUCACUGGAGUAUGUCAGGGUGCCUCUGGUGAUCUAGAAGGAGCUAAGGCCAUUUUCCGAGACGUUCAGAAGCUUUUUAAGCGCAAGAACAAUCAGAUUGAGCAGUUUGCACUCAAAAGGGCAGAAAGACUGAGGAAAAUGUCCCUGACACGAGAGCUGUGCAUUUUGGGUGUUGUGGAGGUGCUAUACUUAUGGAAAGCUCUUCCAAAUUGCUCUUCCUCCAAACUCCAGCUUAUGAACCAAGUGCUACAGGUGCUGGAUGACCAGUCAAGUCAUGACUUAAAACAUCUGCUACAUGGUGCUAUUCAGAAAUGUCUUGGAAAUUGUAUGGGUGCUGUUCAGUCGUUUCAGUUGGCAGCACAAGAUGAAUACGGUCGUCAGAACAACAGCUAUGUGCAGCCCUAUUCCUGCUAUGAGCUUGGCUGUGUGUUACUGGCCAAACCUGAGACUCUGAGUAAAGGAAGAUCAUUACUGCUUCAGGCUAAGGACAACUAUACUGGGUAUGACUUUGAGAAUCGAUUGCACGUCCGUAUCCAUUCAGCCCUUGCCUCCAUAAAGGACGUGGUCCCACAUUGACCCUGUCCAACUGGGAAGUUCACUGUACUUUGACCACUCCUGUCCAGCACUUUUUGUAAUGAAAGCCAUUUGAAAGUAAUCCUGCUUAUCUGGUUGAGAGAGUGAAAGUUCACUAACUUCAUUUAACGCAGAGAUUGAGUUCACCAAUUGUUUGUUUCGACAUUGCAUUUAGUCUAGUAUCAGGUUCACGAAUAACUGUUGGUUAUUAUAACAUGUAGCUGUUGAUCCGUCCCAAAGAUAUAUCACUUUCACAUUUAAACCCAGUUUCAUAGAUUAGGUACAUUGUGUGUGUUUGGUAUUGUUCUGAAAUGCAGGUAUUUAUUGUUACAUGUGGAAGUAUAGAAAUGUUGAACCUAACUCUCACAAUGAAACGCAAUGAAAACAUACUGUAUUGAAUAGAAAAACUGUUUAGAUCAUUUACCAUAGCUUGCCCUAUCAUACAAAAUACAUUAGCAUGGGAUAGAAGUCAACAUUAGAUAACAUAACAAAAGAUAACACAUGAAAUGAAAAAAUAUCUUAUGUAAUAGAAUUAUUGUAUCCAAAUUUAUAUCUGUAAAUCAAAUCAAGAUUGUAUGCACCAUAUGGAUGUCUAGUCUAGUGGUUGACCGAUAUUGGUUUUACAAACAUAAAUGCUGAUCACGAUAUCUAGGGAGUUGGGCAGAUGGCAGUUGUAAUACUGAUAUAUGGAACAGUUAGAUGAUAGCACAUGACACAUACACAGUUAUCGGCCAAUUCCAAUAAUUUCAUAAUGCACAAAUAUCAGCCAUAUAUCGGCCUGGCCGAUAAAUUGCCAUUUCUGAUAAGGAGUUGGGUGGCCGAUGGCAGCUAUAGUACUUAUAUGUAUAUGUGACAGUUUUAGGAUAGAAAAUGACACAUACACAGUUAUCUGCCAAUUCUGAUAACCGUGAAAUGUCAGAAUAUCAGCCUGGAUGAUAAAUUGCAGAUACCGAUGUCUAGUGAGUUGGGUGGACGUUGGCAGUUAUAAUACUGAUAUUUGAAACCGUUUGAGGAUAGCAAGUGACACAUACAGAGUUUGUGGCCAAUUCUGAUUAUCUUGAAAUGUCAAAUAUCGGCCUGGCUUAUAAAUUGCCGAUACCGAUAUCUAGGGUGUUGGGUGGUCGAUGGAGGUUGUAACAGAUUGAUUAUAGCAAAUGUCACUUACACAGUUAUAUGCCAAUUACCAUAAUCUGUAAAUGGCCAGAUAUCGGCUUGGCCGAUAAAUUGCAGAUACCGAUAGUUAUCUGGAUGGCGAUGGCAGUUAUAUAACUGAUAUAUAUUUAACAGUUUUAUGAUGGAAAAUGACACAAACACAAUUAUCGUCCAAUUCUGAUAAUCUUGAAAUGCUCAAAUAUUGGCCUGGCGAUAAACUGCCGAUACCGAUAUCUAAGGAGUUGGGUGGCCUAUAGCAUUUAUAAUACUGAUAUAUGAAACAAUGUGGUGAUAGCAAAUGACACACACACAGUUAUCGUUCCUUAUCGAUCAUUUCUAAAUGGCCAGAUAUCAUUAGUCUAGUCACAGACUGUUAAAGUGUAUGGCAAACACAAUAUUUCAGGUUAAAACGUAUUUCAUUCAAGGUUGGCUGUUUUCAUUGUAUCUAUUGCGUAUGUUGCCAGUAUCCAUCGGAACACUAGACUACAUAUCCCUUUAUGAUUGUUAACCCUAACAGGGGGGCUCUGGUCAUUUGAAAUGCUACGAUGUGUAAUAUUUUAUGACAGCAAUUGGAAAAAUAUGACUAAGUACAGCUCACCUGAAAUGUUUUAAUUUAAGUUAGAGAGUAGCUGCAUCUACUGUGCAUACCCUUCGUUGUUGUCCUCUGCUGGUCAGCAUCUUGUGACAGCAAUUCGAUUUUCUGAAGCGAUAAACCAUGCACAACUACCUACUGGUCUUCUCAGGGCCAGAAGAAGUUUUCAUCUAACAUAUUUUUGUCUUGUUACUUUUGACGAGCCAUAUUGUUGUAUUUGAGCCAGAUAUUUUUUUCUUCCUGUAAUUAUGUUGUUGGACCACAUUUAUGAUUUGUACACUUUUAACAUCACAUUAGUGUCUCCUUUUGAUUAGCCCCUGAAUAACUUGAAUUGAGUUUAGUCUGUAUAUAUAUUGUGAAAUUGUUGUAAAACUUGCACUUCCUUAUUUUCUUGUCCUAGUAGAUGUAAGAUAUUGGUCCCUCCUGUGGGGUUUAUUCACUACCAAACUGUAUAUGAUUCUCUAUCCACAAGCCCUUCUGGUUUCUCUCUAUAACGUCUGCAAACAUGGAAGGCUUGAUUUAAACCUCAAAACAUGUCUUCACUGUGAAAUGUGUCAAUAUUGGAUGUUCAAGGUAUUUAUACCUUGUGAAGACAAUACAACUAUGAACAUUUUCAUAAUAAAAUAACAAUGAAACUCACCAUUUAACACUGUUUGUGUGU